UGCGCCGUUCAGUCACCAGGUUGAGAAGAUGUGGUUUUCAUUGUUUUUGCUAAAUUUCAUCAUUCCUACUGUCUUAUGUGUAUGGGGUCCAUUUCAAAAUGCUUUGUCAGGAUAUGGUGGAUAUCUUUCCACUGCUAAGAGUGUGAUGCAAAAUCCAUACCUUUACGGUUCAGCCACAGCAGUAGGUGUAAUGAUGACAAUUUCAAAGUCUAAGUUGCUUCAGUCACGAAUAAAUCUGACCAUCAAUAAUGAACUGAAAAAUGGAAUUCUUGUAAAUCCCGAGAUAAGCUUGGAAUACGGUGUGGACGAAGCUAAUCCAAAGUGGAAGAUUGGGCCAGGGGAAUCUUUUUCUCUUAGUUUCAGAGGACCAAAAUAUUUACCAUUAGGAACGACAGGAGUUUUGACAUAUCAAUUUCAUGAAACAGAUUUCGCUUUAGCUGUAGCUUGGAGUGUUCCUUUCCUGUAUCAUAUGCCUUUGAUGAACUUUGAUAGUAAUAGAUUUGGAAUUAACGUGUACAAGAAAUCAUGUGAAUCGGAACCUAAUUCAACGGUAGCAAUACAUAAGCCUGGAAAGUGGUAUUUGCUGAAGUCAACUGAAGUGUUUAAAUCUGAAAAAAUUGUUGUAUAUGGAUCUAUCAGUAGUGAAAUGACUGAUGCAAAACUAGAAAUUGUAUUAAAAAAUGCAUAAGAAAUCCAUCAAAUGAACAGUGGAAAUCUCGCAAGACUAAUACACUGUUGCAAUAUUGACUACAAUCGACAGAUUUUGACUGCAUAUCAAUUUAUCAUUUAUAAAGGAACUAAUAAGAUUUCUUUUAUUUAUUCAUUAUAAUUUUGAAAUAUAUAUUUUUAGAAUUGUUUUCAUUUGUACGGUAUGAUCACUUGGCCCCUUAAUACAAGCAAUAUCGGAAAACUAUGGUAUACAAUGUGUUACAAAAUUUGUUGCUUCAAAUUUCCUAGAAUUUGAGCAGCAAAAUUUUAUCAAUUUUCUUUAUACAUCAAUGAUUAAAAAAUAAUUCCUUUAAAAAAUUAAGGACGGGGGGCUAUGUCGUUCUACGUCAAAGCAGCUUUAUCUUACAUCACAAUAGCGGUGUUUCUUGU